AUGGGUAUUGGUUCAUCUUCUCGAAAUAAUGUCUUACGUUCUAAAUCAUCAUUCAUUGUUCGUGGUCGUAAGUAUCGUAUAUUAGAUACAAUCGGUCAAGGUGGCGAAGCAACUGUAUAUCGAUGUGAAGAUAAAAGUGGUUCUCAAUAUGCUGUUAAAGUGUUUUAUUUUUUACGAUUUCCACCUUCUCAGAGACGUCAACGAGUUGAUGGAUUUAUGAAAGAAGCACGUAUUUUGACAUAUCUAAGGGGACGUUCACCACAUUUUAUUGAUUUGAUUGAUCAUGAAUAUCGAUCUAACGAAAAUACUGGUUAUAUGAUUAUGGAAUUAGGUCAUGGUAGUUUAAGACAAUAUAUGCCAGGAAUGCCAUUGAAUGAACCACUUCGACGAAUGUUUUGGCAACAGCUUGUUGCCAUUUUGGCAGGUCUUGAAGAUGCUAAAAUUGUACAUGCUGAUAUCAAACCUGAAAAUUUACUUCUAGUAAAUGGUAUCCUCAAAAUAACUGAUCUAAGUCUUGCUUUUCCAUUAAGUUCGACAAACCUAGCUUAUCGACAGCCACAGGUUCGCGGCACUUUAGAUUACAUGGCACCUGAAGUUUUUUCGCAUCACACAAGUUUCAAAUCAGAUGUAUGGUCAGCAGGUAUUAUUCUCUAUGAAAUGACCUAUGGUCGCCCUCCAUAUUUUGGUGUUUUUGAUCGGCAUGAAAAAGUAGAAGUCAUUGCAGCAAUGACACCUAUUAAUUUUCCUCCAAUGGACGAUUUAUAUUUAGUUAAUCUUAUGCAACAAUGUCUCACUUUCGAUGCUCGUUUGAGACCGAGUGCAUAUCAUUUACUAGACCAUCCAUAUACAAAUAUGUAA